GUUGCCUCAGCAACCAAAGGUCCGCGGGGGAAGGAAAACAUAAGUGAGGAACCCAACAACAUUCAAGUAUAAAAACUCGUAAAGCACGAAGAUGGGGCAGGAUUACUACGACAUCCUUGGCAUUACUAGAAAUGCAAAAGACGCGGAUAUUAAAAAAGUGUACCGAAAAUUAGCCUUAAAGUAUCAUCCAGACAGAAGUGCAGAUCCAUGUGCAAAUGAAAAGUUCUUGCAGAUUGCAGAAGCCUAUGAUGUUCUGAGUGAUUUUAAAAAAAAAGCCACGUAUGAUAAAUUUGGUGAAGAGGGCUUGAAGGGAGGCAUUCCACUUGAAUUUGGUGUCACUGGCGCUUGGACAUCAGGAUAUACUUUUCAUGGCAAUGCCAACAAAAUUUUCAGAGAUUUCUUUGGCGGAGAUAAUCCAUUCGCAGAUUUUUUUGACACGAAAGGAGAGAUAAAUCUAGGAUUUGGCGGUCUCCGAGGGCGUGGAGUUAAGACGCAAGAUCCUCCGAUUGAACGGGAGCUGCAUUUAUCUUUGGAAGAUUUGUUUCAUGGAUGUUUGAAGAAGAUCAAAAUCUCACGCAGGGUUAUGAAUGAAGAUGGUCACACAUCAAGUAUUAAGGAUAAAAUCCUGACCAUUCAAGUUAAACCAGGCUGGUUGUCAGGAACCAAAAUCACAUUCCCAAAUGAAGGAGACCAGGGUCCAAAUAAUAUUCCAUCGGACAUAAUAUUCAUUGUGAAAGAGAAAUCACAUCCGUGGUUCUGUCGAGACAAAAAUGAUCUAAUCUUCUCUGUUCCUGUAACAUUGGCAAAGGCUUUAACAGGUCACACCGUGGAAAUUGAGACUCUGGAUGACAGGUACCUCAGCAUUCCAAUCAAUGAUAUUGUCCAUCCUAAAUACAGCAAGGUAGUUCCAGGAGAAGGAAUGCCUAUAUCCAAGGAUCCAACACAAAAAGGAAAUCUUAUCAUUCAGUUUGAUAUCAAAUUUCCAAAUAAGCUUACACCAGCAAAGAGAAAACUGAUUAAUCGAGCAUUACAUGCUUAAAGACAUGGCAAUAAGAAGUUAUUCCCACGUCGGGCCUGGGAGAUAUGUUUAUCCAUCAUUAUGUACCCAUAAUGAUGAUUAUUCACCAAAUUAAAGCAUCUAUAUACAAAACA